AUUGAACUGACGUCAAAAAUUAUGUUCGUUAAAGAAUGCGAACAAAAAAUACCCUCAAUAAAUGUACAAGAACUAAACGUCCUAUUAAAAGUAGUAGCAUUAUACUUGACGAAGUUGAAAGCAUAAGUAGAGUGGAAUUCGAGUUUCAUUUGUUUAAUUAUGUAUUUUAAACUGUAAAGAAGUGUGAAGUAAUGGCGUAAUUUUUAUAAUUAUAUUAUAUAAAAACAUCAAAAUGGAGGAGAAAACCAAAAAACGGUCUAGAAAGACCAAAUUAGUACCGCGGGAAUAUUUAGAUUCUGACGAUGAAAACAUAGCUAAAAUGCAGAAUGAGAUCGAAGAAACGAUAGCUCAAAUGAAUCCACUAUCGAUUUUGAGGAAAUUAGAACCGAAACAAUCUCAAAAAGACAUGGAAUUUUCCGUUAAAGUCGAAGUCGAAGAGGUUGAUCAGAAUGUGGCAGAAGAAUUAAAAGACACAGAAGACUUACAAGAUUCAGAUUUGAAUAUAAAAAUACAUUCAGUGAAAAGUUUGUGCGAACCGACACAGGACGCUCCAGAUGUGUCAGAUGACGUUUAUGAUGCUUUCAUUAUUGAUGAGGACGAAAUACGAGAAGAUAUUGAGAGUCUCAGCCAGGAAACGACUAGCUUAGCUGACAAAACAAUAGAAAUUUAUAUAAAGAACAUGUUCGGGAAGAGACAGUUAUAUAUAGUUCAAAGUAGUUUAGAUCAGCACUUGCAAAAAAAAUUGAGAGGAUGGCGUACUUGGUAUAAAAGCAAUCGUCAAAUUAGAGACGCGCCGCUAAUGUACAUAUGCUACGUGUGCAUUAAGGGAUGGUGGAACUUCUCUGAAUUCCGCGAACACUUGAAACAUUGUCGCAGAUGGAAAUGUCUCCAUUUUGAGACGACAAACUAUCAGGCAAUCUUACAGGCGACCAGAGGGAGAAAGGUAACUACCUUUACAUCUGAAAACAGUCAAAAUCUACCGAUAUUCUAUUCGAACUGUUGGAAAUGUAACAAGGACCGAUUGAUUCACCUGAAAUCACAGUACGUCUGUGGCGGUUGCAAAACAGAAUUCCAUACGUGCACAGCCCUAAGUUUCCACGAAGGCGAAUGCGAGAUGUACAGGGAAAAAAUAUUGCUUGAUAAUGGUAUGAACCGUGAAAAUAAUUCAGCGACAAGUUACUGUUGUCCAAUUUGUUCUUAUAAAGAUUGGGACACGGACCGUUUAAUAAUUCACGUAAAGAACGUACACAAAGUUAGAUCGGACCUGCCCAUUGAGUGGACGAUAAGAGUAUUAACAAAAGUGUGUCGUUUUUUCCAGGUUAUCGUACCGAAGAGAUUGCUCGAAAGGUCGCAAUCAAUUAGUAGCAAAUCAACUCAGCCACCGACUAUCUUUGAUGACAGUCGUGAUUUAGACCGAAUAAAUGAUCAUCACGCUCAAUUUGAUAAAUACUCUCCAGACCUGAGAGAUACACAAAACCAGCCAGACCUUGAAACACCACAUGUUCCAGAGACUAGAAGCAUAAUUGAUGCAGAAUUCGGGGUUGAAAUAACGAUAAUCAACAAAAGCGUUGUACAGGAACUGUCCGAUGCUAUAGUAGCCGAGAUUAAAGCUAAGGAAAUAAGUAAAGGACGAUCCCAAAUGGCUAUCAAACCCGAAAUGAAUAUUAAGUUCCCAGUGAACAAAACCUAUGUUAACAAAAAGCUAAGUAAGGCAGAUAACUUAGUAGAUAAAACCGAGGUCGAAGAAGGUUAUAUUGAAGUUAAGAAGGAAAUCGAAAGUGAUAUUGUCAAGGUCAAAGAAGAAUUAAUGGAUACAGACGAAUUAGAUGUUAAUAUUGAAGUUAAGAAUGAAGUAGACGUAGAAGUUAAAAGUGAGAUCGUUGAUGAAGUUCCGGUUAUUGAAAGUUGCGAAGUUGAAAUCAAUCAAGAAUCGGAAGAGUUUAGAGAUGAUGAACCCGAUAUUAUUAGUUGGGGUGAUAUGAACAGUGGCGAUGGGACGGAAGACGCUGAGGCAGAUAAAUAUUUCGAAUUCCUAUCCAAAGAACUAAAGAGAAGAAGAAAAGCCAAUGUGAGCAUCUCCGCGGAUAAAUACGAAUGCACGAAGUGCAACAAAGCCUGGCCGACCUUGAACAAGUAUCUGUUGCACUUUAGCGUACACAACUAUAAACCGAGAACUUGCCCGCAAUGUAUGAAAUACAGCCACGGCUCUAUGAAUAAGCACGUGUCCGCUCAUGUGAAGCGUUUAUUUGUAAUGACACACUCCAUCGAGCAAUGUAAGGUCAGGGCUCAAAGGCACUACCGUUGCAAGAAGUGUAAGGAGGCCCUCUGCGUCAAGGAUUUCUUCAGACACUGGGAAAGUCAUUUGGAUAUCAGUGAUAAUACCGUUUUUGAGCCGCCGUGUCCUGUUGAUAUGACAAUGAAGCCUCAUCUGAACCAAAUGAUAGAACUGCUCCAAGGCAACGACUACAGCGAAUCUUGGAAGCUCCGGUACUGUCAGACCUGCGACAAAAGGAUUGAAAGACAAAACGACUGUAAGAGACACUACAUCGAACACCUCCUGGCCGAUGCAUACCAGGAGAAGCAUAAAUAUGGCGUCCUGAUGUGUCAGAUAUGCGGGGCUGGGUUCCAGAGGAGAGAAGUUUUUAAGCAGAAAUGCUUAAAAACUAAAGUCUCAAACUUAUCUGUAAUGCUUUCAAUGUAUAAAAGACCCUGUCUCCUAUUCCGGAAAGAAUUUCAAGUUAGUGGUUGCUACUCGUAUGUCAGAACACACUACCGUGUGUGUAUGUUGAAUACAUUUAAACAUUAUUAUUUUUUUUGUGUAAAUUCCAGCUAUAAGAGACACAUGCGUGAUCACGCGUCACUCCCCGUGUACAUUUGCGAGAUAUGCGACAAAACGUUCAGUGAUUCGAGUAACUUCUGCAAGCACAAGAAGGUGCACAACCUGGCCGUGUUGAUUUGUGAUAUUUGUAAAAAGAAGUUCAAUAAUAAGAUGACCCUCAUUAAGCAUAUCGAGAUGCAUCAACUAAUAGAGCCUAUUAAUUGCAAGACGUGCAAGAAAGUUUUCUACACGCCGUCGAGCUACAACAAGCACUUGAAGGGUAACCGAUCCCGCUUUAAGUGUAUUAUAUGCAAUACAGUUUAUUACUCGCUCAAGGACAAGUGGGAUCACAUGUGGCAGGUACAUAAAGAGAGGAAGUACGAGGCUGACUGUCCACUGUGCGACAAGUCCUUCAGGAAGUUCCAGGAGGUCAAACAACAUUUGAGACGUGAUCACAAUAAAGAUAAAUUUUACGUUAAAGGAGCAAACUGA